AUGGAUUAUGAAGCGCUGAAGGACCAAUGGAGCGAUGUCGAGGAUCGCGAUGGUAUUAGACUCAGCUGGAACACGUUUCCAAGCUCUCGCAUGGAAGCGUCCCGACUUGUGGUUCCCAUUGGCGCUAUUUACACCCCUCUAAAGGAGAAGCCAGACUCUCCAUUACUGCAAUAUGAGCCAGUGACUUGCAAGCCGCCUUGCCGGGCUGUUCUAAACCCUUAUGCCAAUGUUGACGUUCGGGCCCGGAUUUGGAUCUGUCCGUUUUGUUUGAUGCGCAAUCCAUUGCCUCCUCACUACAAAGAUAUUACCGAGAGCACGAUACCCCCUGAGCUUCACCCCUUGAGCACGACUAUUGAGUAUCAAUUGGCGCGUCCGGCCCCCGCCCCUCCUAUCUUCCUCUACGUCGUCGACACCUGUCAAGAAGAGGACAGCUUGAAGGCUUUGAAGGACUCGUUGAUCAUGAGCUUGUCGCUGUUGCCAGUGAAUGCUCUGGUUGGUCUGAUCACGUUCGGUACAAUGGCACAAGUUCACGAGCUCGGCUACACCGAAUGUGCCAAGUCGUAUGUGUUCCGUGGGAGUAAGGAAUACGCAGCAAAGCAAGUUCAGGAAAUGCUGGGUCUUUCCACUGGAAUGCGUCCCAAUAUGCCCCAACAACCAGUUCGGGCACCUCUUGGUCCUGCAGCACGAUUCCUUCUUCCUGUCCAGCAGGCCGAAUUUCAAAUCACCAAUGUUCUUGAGCAGAUGCAACGCGACCCAUGGCCUGUUGCAAAUGACAAGAGAGCUCUGAGAUGCACCGGCGUUGCCCUGAGUGUUGCUGUCGGUUUGCUCGAGACAUCUUUCCAGAACGCUGGAGCGCGCAUCAUGGUUUUCACAAGCGGCCCGGCCACUGAGGGACCGGGCCACGUUGUUGGACCCGAGUUGAAGGAACCCAUCCGGUCUCAUCAUGACAUUGAUCGUGACAACAUCAAAUAUUACAAGAAGGCCGUUAAGUUCUACGACAACAUGGCUAAACGCGCUGCUAAUAACGGGCAUGUUGUUGAUGUCUUCGCUGGCUGUCUCGACCAAGUUGGUCUUCUGGAAAUGAAGAACCUUUCAAACUAUACCGGUGGACACAUGCUUCUCACAGACAGCUUCACAUCCUCUCAGUUUAAGCAAUCUUUUGUCAGGGUGUUCGAUAAAGACGCAAAUGACAAUCUUUUGAUGGGCUUCAACGCUUCCCUUGAGGUGCUCACCACCAAGGAGCUCAAGGUCACUGGACUUAUCGGCCAUGCCGUUUCCUUGAAUAAGAAAUCAAGCUCUGUCGGCGAGACUGAGUGUGGUAUUGGCAAUACCUGCGCGUGGAAGAUGUGUGGAAUUGAUCCUUCAUCAAGCUAUGGCGUCUACUUUGAGAUCGCGAACCAAGGUGGCCCUGUUGCAGUGCAGCCAGGUCCCCAGAGAGGACUGAUGCAAUUCCUUACUUACUACCAACACUCGUCCGGGACCUAUCACCUUCGAGUGACAACUGUGGCGCGGAAUUUGAGUGGUCCAGCAGGGGACCCUACAUUGGCACAAUCAUUCGACCAGGAAGCCGCCGCAGUACUAAUGGCACGUAUUGCAGUCUUCAAGGGAGAGGUAGAUGAGGGCCCUGAUGUGCUCAGAUGGGUUGAUCGGAUGCUCAUCAGACUUUGCUCCCGCUUCGCCGAUUACCGAAAAGAUGAUCCAACUUCAUUCCGCUUGGAAAAGAACUUCACCCUCUAUCCUCAAUUCAUGUUCCAUCUUCGUCGUAGCCAGUUCUUACAGUUAUUCAAUAACUCUCCUGACGAGACGGCUUUCUAUAGGCAUGUCCUGAACCAUGAAGAUGUUGGCGACUCCCUUGUUAUGAUACAGCCAACGCUGGACUCGUACUCGUUAGAGCACGAAGGAAGCCAGCCCGUUCUAUUGGACUCGGCUUCUAUCCAACCAGCGCACAUCCUCCUGUUGGAUACUUUCUUCCAUAUCCUUAUCUUCCAUGGAGAGACCAUCGCGGAGUGGAGGAAGGCAGGCUACCAUGAACAGGAGGGCUACGAAAACUUGAAGGCUCUUCUCGAGCAACCUAAGGAGGACGCCAGGGAACUUAUCGCAGACCGCUUCCCGCUGCCCCGCUUCAUCGUAUGCGAUGCUGGUGGCUCCCAGGCACGUUUCCUCUUGUCCAAGCUUAAUCCAUCUACUACACAUACGACGGGUGGAUACGGCGGAGGUGUGACCUCGCAGACUAUUUUCACCGAUGAUGUAUCAUUGCAGACUUUCAUGGAUCAUCUUAUGAAGCUGGCUGUUUCGGGAACCAGCUAG